CCAUAACCAAUCCCAUUCCUCUUGCCGAAGCAUAACCCGCCUCUUGCCUAAACCUAACCAACCCAACCAGAGCAGGCAACGAGUACUAGCCAUUCAGGGAUGAGUUCCCUAAUAAAUAUUCAUGAGUCUUCCCCCACCGUCAUGCAAUAAAGAAAAAAAAAAACUCACAAGCCGGGCGGUGCUGUAUCCGCCUCGACGGCUGCCUUGUUGGAGGAAGUAAAGUCUGUUAAACAUGAGUUUCCACUACGGCCAGGGCUAUCCCGGAGGAGGAGGACGUCAGCCACCACCGGGAUCUGCAUACGGGGGAGGCAGCGGCCCCUACGGGCCUACCCCCUCAGGUCCAUACGGAGGUGCAACACACCAACCAGGAGGUCCUUAUGGUGCAUACGGAGCCCCAGGGCAACCACGAGGGCAGUAUGGGCAAGGACCAGGGGGUGCCCCCGCCGGGCAUUACGGGGGUUAUGGGGGACAACCACAUGGAGGACAAUAUGGACAACACGCCCCUGCAGGUAACAUCCCUCCUGGUGUCAACCCGGAGGCGUACCAGUGGUUCCACACUGUUGACACGGACCGCAGUGGCUACAUCAACCUAAAGGAGCUGAAGCAGGCACUGGUCAACUCCAACUGGUCGGCUUUUAACGACGAGACCUGCCUCAUGAUGAUCAACAUGUUUGACAAGACGCGGUCGGGUCAAAUGGACCUGUUCAGCUUCUCAGCACUGUGGGAGUACAUGCAGCGGUGGAGGGCGCUCUUUCAGCAAUAUGACAGAGACCGCUCAGGCUGCAUCAGCGGCACGGAGCUACAACAAGCACUCGCUCAGAUGGGCUACAACCUGAGUCCCCAGUUUUCGGAGACGUUGGUGCGACGCUUCACCUUGCAAGGCGGACGCCCCGGCAUCCAGCUGGACCGCUUCAUCCAGGUGUGCACGCAGCUCCAGACCAUGACGCAGGUCUUCAGGGAGAAAGACACGAGCAUGACGGGCAACAUCCGCCUUAACUAUGAGGAUUUCCUCUCUGGGGCCGUCACCAGGCUCAUGUGAGCCUCCUUUAACCUGGCAAUCCCUCUGCACUGGGUAUCACACAGUAUCAUUCCAUGUUUAGGUCAUAUUUUGCCCAGUUUCCAAUGCUCUGCCAUAAGUGCCCCCCCCCCUCCCACACACACACACACACACACACACAC